UCAGUCAUUUGUUAAAGCAGCUACUCGACUAUCUUGUCAAUAUAAUAGAUCAUCUUCGGUUCAGUCAAAAAGCUGGAGCUUUGACGUCACACCACUAUUUUCCGCAGGAUUAAAGAUGGCGCCGCAUCAUGUACUCAAGUGCUGUCAACGGAGUUUAGCUUGGAUACCUGUUAUUUUCAUCAACCUCGUCGUUGGCUGGUCUUAUUAUGCAUACGUCGUGGAACUCUGUAUCUUUACAAUCCCAAAUAAUGCAGAAAAAAUAUCAUACCUGGUUGUCUUCCACCUGUUCUUCAUCAUGUUUAUCUGGUCCUACUGGAAGACUAUCUGCAGUAGGCCAGCCAGCCCCUCUAAAGAGUUUUGUCUGGCCAAAGUGGAGAAGGAGCAGUAUGAGAAGGAGCAUCCAGACGCUCAGCAGGACAUCCUGAAGAAAGAGGCCGUAGGAUUGCCUGUCUACACACGCACUGGGACCGGAGCCGUCCGGUACUGUGACCACUGUCAGGUGAUCAAACCCGACCGCUGCCACCACUGCUCCACCUGUGACAUGUGUGUACUGAAGAUGGAUCAUCACUGUCCAUGGGUGAAUAACUGUGUUGGAUUUUCGAACUACAAGUUCUUUGUCUUGUUUCUGGCCUACUCCAUGCUGUAUUGUGUGUUUAUCGCUGCUACUGUUCUGCAGUAUUUCAUAAAAUUCUGGACACAUUGCCGAAGGAGAUCUGUUGGGGAUUGUCCUCAGAAUCAGCUGCCCGACACUCACGCCAAAUUCCACGUGUUGUUUCUGUUUUUUGUGGCGGCAAUGUUCUUCAUCAGCAUCCUGUCGCUUUUCAGCUACCAUCUCUGGCUUGUGGGAAAUAACAGGACCACCAUAGAGGCUUUCAGGGCUCCUGUCUUCAGAAAUGGCCCAGACAAAAAUGGCUUCUCUCUGGGCUUCAGUAGGAACGUGGUGGAGGUGUUUGGAGACCAGAAGAAGUACUGGAUGUUUCCCAUCUACACCAGUCAUGGUGAUGGACACAGUUUUGUCACCCGGUUGCUGACCUUAGAUCCUGAGCAAAUAGCUGUGGGCCUCCAGAUCAACGGCAAAAGCUCUGUAGAUGGUCUGGCAAGCCCCAAGCACAUCCUUGGCAACAACAUUAACCACAUUGAGGGCCAUCAGGAUGACGUAGCCCAGACGGUAACUGUGACAAUGGAGAGUGAAUCAUAGACAGGUAAGCCUAUAGAUGAGUUCCGCUGAAGUGCGCGUGUUUCCUGCAGACCUUAGAGUGGAAACUGAUGACCACCAGGUGGCUCAAAUGGCCAGUUUACAUGUCUGCCAGGAGACAACUGAGCCAUUAACUGUGAUGCCUUACAACCAGCAGCAUCUCUGUCUCUACAGAAACCAGCCUUUUAUCACAUGCAGUACCCCUACUACCAUGGACAAAAUGUCAAGUAAACGCUCUCGAAUAGCCGUCAUCCUUUCUAUUGUCGUUCUUAUGACCACCAAACAGCAUCCCUGUUACCAUGGACAAACCCUGGACUGUCAUGGACACGACAUCUGUCACCAGAGCUUUAAUCAGCUUUCAGUUUCCAUCCUCACCAAACGCAUGCAGAUGCGUUUUCUUUGUUGCUAACCAAAAACGCACAACAAUAUUUUUGUUGGUAACUAUUAUUAAUCUCUGGAACUGCUCUGUUAUUCAAGCCAAAAAAAAGAAUACUCUUUGCACUAGGUCAGAUAAGUGCAGGAAAAUAAUUGCUUUACAGUUAUACGCCUCCGUCAAAUCAGUAUUCACUUGCUUUAUUGGAAAAAUGAAGAGGUCACUGUGUCUUAGCACAGAAAAUGUGUUAGUGGCUUUGAUUUGAUUAAACCCAGAGGAUACAAUGUGGUGUCUUGAGGCCCUGAAGGUCAUGAGCACUACUGUCUCAGUUGAUUGUAGCGUGUGUUUACUUUACACUUGAAUCCUGUGACGGGUGCUAAGCAUAUCCAUUGAUUUCAAUAGGACAGUAGGUUUAUAUGAACCACGGCGUUGUAGGACCCUAUGUCUCUCCCAAAAUCCUCUCCUGCUCUGCAUCAUCGGAACUUAAAUGUGCAUUGUGCCUUCAGUACAGUAUGGAAGAACAAAGGUAUAGUACAGUGCCAUAGUUGACCGUAGCAUGGUGUAAUAGCUUUACAAUUUAUACAGAUGGAAAUGGAACCCGGAGAGCCCGCUUUUUCAUAGGUGUGAUAUCAGAGGUGUAUAAUUCAUUAACAUUGGACAGCAUUGUUAUUCCAUUAAGUAUUUAUUUUCAAGGUUUCUUUUAAGUUUCCGAUUUUCCAUUGUUUAUUUUUGCUAUUGUCUGCAUUGCCAUGUUGUUUUCAGAUAUGUAGCGUUUUUUAAACUGAGUUUAUGAAGAUUAAGGUAUCUGUGAAGUCAUCACUUUCGUUCGCGAGAGGGGACUUCGACACAUUUCACAGGAAAGUGAGAUUAAUUGUUUGAUGUCAGAGUUCUAUCUUUGAGAAUAAGGAAUUGCUAUUUGUGUUCACUUUAUGCAAUUCCUGACUUCUCAAUCUGAUGAAUGGCAUACAUAUGGAGAAAAACGGAAGGCUUUGAACAAAAUAUUUUUAAAGCACAUUUUACAUCACAAAUGCUGCUUUCUUUGAUUAUUAUUGCUGUUUUCUUAUUAUUUGAUUGUUUUGUCGUGGACGAUGUACAAUGUUGAGCAUAUACAUAAAUAUUUAAUGUACUGAACCAGAUUUGUUAAUACCAGUAGGCCAGUUUCCAUGUGUAGUAGUCCCUGGGAAUGUUACUGUUCUGCUGUAGUAAAUCAUGCCAGGAUGCUCAUAGACCACCAAGAGGAGGCGAGAGCUAGACAUCAACCUCUCAAUGGACACUUUUUAUUAUUUUUGUAUUUUUUUAAUUCAGAAUAUUUGUGAUCGAGUUUCUCAAUUUCCAACUGACUAUGAUCCAUGUGGUUUUUAGGAGAGUUGUUUGGAAUUUGCAAGCGGUUUGUUUACUGGAUGCAUAAAUGUUUGUAUAACAUCCUAUCGUGGAGGAAUGUAGAGUGAGAGCAUUGUGACUAACCAGAAAUCCUAACUUUCUCAUUUUAAAUGAAUGCCAUAGAAGUAUUUUGUGCUACAUUGUAUAUUCACAAAAUCUGUUGAUGGUAAAUCAUGGACCAAUUUCCUGUUAUUUUUUUUUUUAAAUAAUAUCUUAUUUUUUUAUUGAAGCUGUUUUGCAUGUUAAGUAUUUUCUCACUAUUUGUACUACCCUGUCAGCCAGUUUUGGUUGUUCAUGUUUUUUUUUUAUAUAUAAUCUAAAUGUGGAAAUAAUUUGCACAAAGUUCAAUAAUUUUUUUAUUUUGUAGAUAAAUACACUGUAUUAAUGUGUACAUUUUAACAAUAAAUACUGUUUUCAGUGCA